AUGAAUGCAUGGGACUUGUUAUCUGAACUACUGGGAUGGAGUUAUUUUAUAGCUUGGUCUUUCAGUUCCUACCCUCAGUUAUAUCUGAAUUGGCAAAGAAAAAGUGUCCGUGGAUUGUCACUUGAUUACCUUUGUUACAGUAUCCUUGGAUUCUUAAGUUAUACGGUAUUCACUCUGGCGUUUUACUUUAAUCAAGAAAUUCAAGAUGAAUAUUAUAAAAGGCAUAACUCGGAGAAUCUUGUUCAAUUCAACGAUGUAGCCUUUGCUAUCCAUGGUUUAACUAUGUCACUAUUAUUACUAUACCAAACAUACAUCUUCAAGGGAAACAAACGACAUCUCUCCUCCAUUACAGCAAUGGUGACAUGGUUGACAUGUAUGGGCGGUUUAUUAUUAUGGUUUGCUGUUCAUUAUGGAAAUAGUGAAUGGAUUCAUUUGAUGUAUUAUCUCAGUUUUGUCAAACUCGGUUCUGAUGCCUUGAAAUUCUUACCUCAGAUAUGGCUUAAUUAUAAACGAAAAUCAACUUUAGGCUGGAGUGUACACCUGAUUUUACUAGAUACACUGGGUGGUAUUUGUUCGAUCAUUCAACUUGUAGUGGAUGCAUAUAUUGCAAAAGAUUGGAGUGGUAUCUCAGGCGAUUUAGCGCAGGAAGAGGAAACUCUACUGAUUGGUGAUCAACAAUAUCAUCGUCGGUACGGAAUUUGA